AUGGUAGAAAAGGGGCCAGAUGAGUGGCUGGAGAGGAUCAAGAAGUGCCAAUCGCUGACAGAAAAUGAGAUGAAGCAGCUCUGUGAGAUGGUGAAGGAGCUGCUGAUGGAGGAGAGCAAUAUCCAGCCAGUGCAAACGCCGGUGACUGUAUGUGGGGAUAUUCACGGACAGUUCCACGAUCUCUUGGAGCUCUUCCGGACCGCUGGAGGGUUUCCCGACGAUAUCAACUAUAUCUUCCUUGGAGACUACGUAGAUCGCGGGUAUUACAGUUUGGAGACUUUCACGCUGUUGAUGUGCCUGAAGGUCAAGUAUUCCUCGAGGAUUACGCUAGUCAGAGGGAACCACGAGUCGAGACAGAUCACGCAAGUGUACGGAUUCUACGAAGAGUGUCUGAACAAGUAUGGUUCCACCACGGUAUGGAAGUACUGCUGCCAGGUGUUUGACUUCCUGACGUUGGCGGCGAUCAUCGACGGAAAAAUACUGUGUGUUCAUGGCGGUCUUUCGCCCGAAAUAAGGAUGCUUGACCAGAUCAGAGUGCUCUCCAGAGCUCAGGAGGUGCCACACGAAGGUGGCUUCUCAGAUCUGCUCUGGAGCGACCCCGAUAACGUGGAAGCAUGGCAAGUGUCGCCCCGCGGUGCCGGCUGGCUCUUUGGCAGCAAAGUGGCGCGCGAGUUUAACCAUGUUAACGGUCUGAACCUGAUCGCGCGGGCCCAUCAGCUGGUCAUGGAAGGCUUCAAGUACCACUUCCCCGAGAAGGACGUCGUCACCGUCUGGUCCGCACCCAACUACUGCUACCGAUGCGGUAACGUCGCCAGUGUCAUGAAAGUCGAGGAGGACCUGGAGCCCACCUUCAAGAUCUUCUCCGCUGUACCGGACGACUACAUCCAAGAAGCGACAGCCAGUCAUAACAACCAGAGGGGUGGAUACUUCUUAUAG